AUGGAGUCAUCAAAUAAUAAUAAGAAGACAAAUAUAGAUGAUAUAAGCAGGGAAACUCAACGACUAGUUAAAGAUAGUCAUGUGCGUUUACCAUAUCACAAACCAAAGCAGAAGUUUAAAGAUUUCCUUAAUAGACAAAAAAUAUCAACUGAGUGUCAAGCAUCUUUAACAGGUUCCAAAAAAUUACUUCAGAAAGCAUGGGAAUUGAUUGAAAGUAAAGAACAAACUGUUGAAAAAUUUUACAAUGAAGAAAGUGUUCAAGAAGAAAACAAUGAAAAAACAUCUUUGAAUAAUAGUAAUACUCAAGCGGAAAACCAUUUUUCUUUAAAUGAUAAUAACUUUGAUAAAGAAAUUACUCUUAAUGAAAACCAUAACAAUAGUUUAACUGAAUUUGAUGAUGAUGAAGAAAAUUAUGACAGCAACUCAAUUGUAGAAAGUGAAUUAUCAUCUAAUGAUGAAGAAAUCGAUAAUAAUGAAGAUGGAUCAAUUGAUGAUGAUGAAAAUGAAGCAAUUAAUGAUGAUGAAAAUGAAGAAAUUGAUAAUGAUGAAAAUGAAAAAUUUGAAGAUGACGAUAGUGAUGAAGAAGAUAACUCCAGGCAAGAAAAACAAUUGUAUUCUGAAGAUGAUAAAACAGAGAAAGACACUGAAGAUGCAUUAAAAAGAAAUAUUGUUAAAACAUUCAUUGAUGAUGAAGCUGAAUUGUCUGAAUUAGAUUGUAGUUCAGAUGAUGAAGAUAAUUUACCAAAUUUCAUUAAUGAAUCAGAAGACGAAGAAGACCAUGAUGUAGAAUUUCCUAAAAAAAAGAAACACAGAUUAGUUUUGUUAUCAGAAAGCAGUGAUGAUGAUAAUAAUGAUAAUAUGGAUAGUAAAAAUGAAAAUAAUUCAAACACAGAAACUAAAAUUAUACCAAACAAUUUAUCACCUUUGUUUAACGACUCUGAUGCUAUUGUAUCUACACAACAACUGAUGGGUUUUUGUUCUGGACAAUUCCAAUCCCAACAAUUGGAUGCUAAGGAAGAUAAUGAAGAAGUAGAUGAUUUUGAAGAUAAUUUUGAUUCAGAAGUACCAAUAAAGGAUACUGACAUUACCGCAAAUGAAGAUGAUGUUGAUGAUGAUAAUGUUUCUCUCAAACUAGUUUCAGCUAAAGAUUUUUUUGAUGAUGAAGCAGAGUUAUCUGAAUCAGACUGGAGUUCUGAUGAUGAAGACAAAUUAGUUGAUUUGAAUGACAAAUUAGAAGAAGAAGAAGGUGACAAGGAUAAGCUAGACGAAAGUCUUGUUAAGGAUGGAUUAGACAAGAUAUAUAUGCGACAGCUUUUGGACGAUGAUAACCAGCAAGUAACUGCACUCAAAGAAAUGCUUCUUGAAGAUGGGGAAUUAUAUUCAGAUUCUAAUCGAAAAAGAAAAUUUCAAUGGGAUAAUGAUGAUCAGGAUGAUGUUGCUCUUAAGAAACCUUUAUUCUCUGACAAUGAAGAAGAUAAUGAAGAUGAUACAUUAAGUGAUGAUGAAAAAACAGAACAGUGGAGAAAUGAACGUUUCAAACGUGAAUCUUAUUUAUCAGAAAAAAAUAAAUAUUCUGAUGAAGAGGAAAGCAACGAAGAUGAAGAAUCCAGUAAUAUUUUACAAACAUCUGUAUCAAUUGUGAAAAAAACCCAUAUUGUGAAGUAUCAAAAUGGCAAAAGUAAAUUAAUAUCAAAAACAUCUUAUAAUGAAAAAAACAAUGAAUCAAUACAGUUAAAUGAAAAUAAUGAUGAAACUGAUCCAAAUAGCCAAAAUUUAAGUACUAACUCAACUGAUAAAAUUGAAAAAAAUAAAAUAAAAACCAAUGACUUAGUUGACCUCCAAGUUGUAAACAUAAUUUCAUCGAAACAUAAUAAAUGUAUAAAAGGAUCAUUCAUGAAGCGUAAUGGUGAUAAGUUAACUAAUGCAUUGCUGUUUGCAAAUAAAAAAAUAACUAAUAAUGAUGGAACAAACCCUAAAAAUUAUGAAGAAAAGAGAGAAAUGAAGUCAUUGAGUACGAUUACAGCUACUGCUAGUAGUAAUCCAUUUGCAUAUUUGAUGAGAAAUGACAAAACUCAUGAAAAUGUUGGUGAUUUAAUGAAAAUAGAAAAAACAGUUAAUAGUAUCAAUCUUAGUAAAACAUAUAUUACAACUUCACAAAUUCAUCCAGAGGAAAGUAAACAAACAGUCAAACUCAACAAAUCAUCACACAGUAUCUUGAAACAAUUUGAAUAGUAAAUGUGUAGUUAACAUUUGUGUUUUCAAACAUUAAUGUAGAUUAAGAUGGUGUUUUCAUCUUAAGUUUUGUAUAUAAUUAUGUUUAUUUAUGUAUUUAUUAUUUCAAGAUGAUUUCAAAUGUAUUAUAUCAUACUAAAUUUUUUUAUAAAAUUAAGUACAUUUAAUAUAUCUAAUUA